GGGGCUGGAAAGGGGGGUGGGGGGGAGGCCAAGGGAGGAGAGGGCGGGGGGGGUGAGGCCACGGUGGGGGCACCAAGGGACAGCGGGGGUGAGCCCAAGGGAGCAGAAGAUGGCGGGGGUGAGGCCAAGGCGGAGGCAGCGAAGGGCGCCGGGGGUGAGGCUGAGGGGGGGACAGCACAGGGCGCUGGGGCUGAGGCCAAGGCGACGGAGGCUGCUAGGGACGGGGGCGAGGUGGAGGCUGAGAAAGGAGCCGGGAGCGAGGCCGGGCCAACGAAGGAUGCCAAGGGAGCGGAGGCUGCCGGGGGCACGGCCGAUGGGGAGGCAGCGGCAGAGGCGGCGGAGGAGCCUCCAGCAGCACAGGCUGCCGGGGGCGAGGCCGAGGCAGAGGCGAAGGCUGAGCCGGCGGCAGCAGGCGGCCCCCAGGGCCGGCAGGAGCCCACCUGGCUGCAGGACGAGGAGGACGAGCUGUGGCCCGAGUUCCCCCCGUGCUCACCCACCACGGAGGGGGCCACCAGCCCCACGUCCCCCCUCUCUCCCACAUCUCCCGUGUCUCCUACGUCCCCCCUGUCCCCUGUGUCCCCCACAUCCCCCACAGCUGGUGCUGAGGGCUCAGGAGGCAGCGAGAGAGGUGCGUCCCCAGGGGGGGCACGGGACCGGGCGCCCCCCAGGGUGGUGGCCGUGGGGCGGCCACGGGCGAGUGCCAAGGCGCAGGGGCGCAGCGCCAUCCUGGAGAAGUUUGGAGGGGCAGCCAAGGGCCCGGCCCCGCACCUGAAGCGCCCGGGGGGCGCCGGCUCGGUGAAGGCCAUGCUGCUGGAGUGGUGCCGCGCCAGGACCCGCGGCUACCAGCAGAACGUGGACAUCCAGAACUUCUCGGGGAGCUGGGGCAGCGGCCUGGCCUUCUGCGCCCUCAUCCACAGCUUCUUCCCUGACGCCUUCGACUACAGCGGCCUGGAGCCCCACGACCGCCGGCACAACUUCGCCCUGGCCUUCGCCACCGCAGAGGCUCGGGCCGACUGCGCCCCGCUGCUGGACGUGGAGGACAUGCUGCGGCUGGCGGUGCCCGACGCCAAGUGCAUCUACACCUACGUGCAGGAGCUGUACCGCAGCCUGGUGGCCAAGGGGCUGGUGAAGACCAAGAAGCGCUGAGCCCCCUCCCCGGUCCCCAGCGCCCACCCCGCUCCCCGCCCCAGCGCUUUGUCCCCCCGCGUGGAUCCCCGGCAGUAAAGGAUUGCAGUGCCCG